AAUAUAUAUAUAUAUAUAAAUAAUGGAUUUUUAGGAUAAUGUGUUAGUUGGAAUAAUGGUUAAAUAUAAAAUUUUGCUCCUUGCGUCCACUCCAGCAGUCGAUGGGGGAGCGUCGGGGUCAGCACUGGAAAGUUCACCAGUCAACCAACCACACAGUCCUGUACUUGAUCCUACAUCGUUUGAGAUUACGAUGUAGGUUAGAACCUUUUCUGAUUUAAAAACGACCAUUAAUCUUUUUUGCCCUGGAAACACUGACCUAUCAACAACACCUCAAAGCGAGCGGUUUCCGUGACAUGCAGAGCUGUGAAAGCUAUCCAGUCCACUCACAGAGAGCACAAAAUAACCUCAAACCUUUGUUAAAAUGUCCUUUUUUUUCUUCUGCUGUAACAUUUUAGAGCUUGUUCCUCUCAUGUGUGACAUGUUGUGCCCUAUAGAAAUUCACAGAUUAUCUUAGCAUUUAAAGGUUGUAAAAGUUGCCCAGCAGAGGACAUCCGCAGCUUCGCAGUUACACAUAAAUAUAGCCUCAUGGUGCAUUUAGAGAACAUGCAGUCUGUUCACAAAGUGCUCAGAGUUUUGGUUAACCACAGGCUGACUCGAGAAAAGGGCAGGGUAUAAGUAGCUGCUGUGAGUUUUCUAAUGGAACCCUAAGUUGCUUUAGUUGUUAUGUGAAACGGGACAGAAGGGAAAAAUUUCUUCUCAGCAGCACGGGUCGUUGAUACAAUGUUGAAAUGUAGAAAAUUUGUCCCAUUAAUGCAGGAAAUCUCUUGGGGUUGUGUUGCAGAGACGAAAGUGAACUUCCUAUUUUAGCCCUGCUGGUAUUUUGAGCUCUUAAGCAACACGUUCUCUGCAAGAAGGAAAGAGAAGUUUAAGAGAGAAAAAACUGAACAAUGUGCAGAAAUUUCUGAGGAAACGAAGAAAGACAUGGCAGUGCAUGCUCCUGUUAAUGGGACGACAGCAAUCCCAUGGAGAAGCAGCCGGCGGAGACUCUCGCUGCUGGAGAAACUCAGGGGCUGUCAGGACGCCUGGUGUCCCGGGGCCCCCUGGGACAGAGAGGGGGCCCACGCUGCUAUCCGUGGAGCACCAGCUGGGAGCUUCCUGAUUGUGCGAGACUCUGUGACGUCUCAGCCCUGCCUACUGUGUGUGUCUGCAGGAGAUCAGGAUGGAGAAGUUCUCGAUUAUAAAAUGAACUGCAAGGGAACAGCCUUCCAGCUCUCUGAGUCUCGUCUGUCUUUCUCUGAUUUGCCUCAGCUGGUGCUCUUCUACUCUUUGACCAGGGAUGUGCUGGCUGUCUGCCUGUCCAUCCCCCGUUGGAUCUACAGUCCAACUGAGAUGAAUCAAGAUUGUCUCUCUGAGCUUGAACCUAAAAUGUGGUUGUCCACGCCACCUGAACAACAAGCAGAAGAAAUGCCCAACAAGGAGCCAAGCCAUGUGAUGUGCUCUAUUCAGCUGACUUCUGCCAAUGGCGCCCUGUGCAUCAUAAAUCCCCUCUACGUUCAUGAACAUGGAGAUGACUGGUUGACUCACCGGCCAGCGGCUUUACAGUUAUCAAAUGUCAGGCGAGAGCGACGCCUCAGCACCACCCGGACUUGGGCAGGGGCUGGGAUACAAAGCAAACGAGCCAUCUCACUGGACCAGGUAUCCAAGGCUGCCAGUACAGAGGGAUCAGGUCUGACCAGAGCCAGGUCCGCUGAUUCCCCUCUCAUCCCACAAACGCCAACAGAAGUUGUCCUCAGGAGGCCCAGCCGGGAUUUAACGUGUAGCAUCCCUCAAAGAGCGAGCACGGGGAGCCUUUCCACGCCCACCACACCAGGAACACCUGAGCAGCACCGCCACAGCAGCCCCGUGCCUCAGUCUCCACACAGGGUGUCCUGGAUUGAAGAUGGAGUUUGGUUGCCUCCACCCAGGCCUUCGUCUUUGCUCCAGCCCCCAUCACUGGAGCUUGACUCGCUGUCGAUCAGCAGCAUAGAGGAGGAGCAAGAGAGCCAACUAGCAGGCCCAGCGCCCCUCCACCCUUCAGCGCACCGCUUGGCUGGUAAGGUCAUCAACCGUCUGUCGGCUGUGGGCCAGGCACUCGGUGGUCUGGUGUCCCAGAAGAAGAGGCUGACUAAUCGGGUGGUGGAGAUGAGCGAGAAGAAAGGAAACGCCUUUGGAGAGGCAGUUAAAGGAUUUGUAGAGAUGACCCUGAAGGGAGGUUCUGACCCCACUGGGCCUAUGGGAGCAGAGUACCUACAGGAAGUGAGGUCAUCACUUUCCACGCUCAGGGAGAUCUUGUUGGAAUAUCCAGACAUUCAGGCCAUACUGGACAGCAUCACUGACUUAAAUGACUCUGAGAUCGACUCUCUGGUGGAGCUCACUCUUCACAAAGUGGCCUUGAAGCCCGUUUCCUCCCAUCUCUACUCCUGCAUUCACACCUCCAGGACCAAUGACGGCAGCUUUCAGCGUCUCCAGGGAAACUUCCUGUUGCUAGAAAAGAACGGAAUUGAAGAACUUGGUGGAUCAAAAGGAGUCGGAGUCCCUGAUUCUGUCACAUUGGAGAGAAUACAGCAGAGAUGGGUCAGUAUGCAUGAGACCUACUCCCCAAACAAGAAGAACCAGAUCCUCCUCAAGGUCUGCAAGAGCAUUUACCACAGCAUGAGCACUAAUGCUACUUCUAGUGCAGGUGCGGUUUUUGGAGCAGAUGAUUUCCUGCCUUGUUUGACCUGGGUGCUCCUCCGUAGCAACUUGGUCAGCUUACAGGUGGACACGGACUACAUGAUGGAGCUGCUGGACCCCACACAGCUACAGGGAGAAGGUGGCUACUAUCUUACAACUCUAUACGCCUCUCUCUUCUACAUCACUAGCUUUCAGCCGCGGCUGGCUGCCCGCCAGCUCAGUGUGGAGGCCCAACACUCUAUCAACCAAUGGCAUCGCAGACGCACGCUCCACUGCAACAAGUCCCGUCGCAGCAUGCACAGACGGACGAUUCGCAGGCAGACGGCCAAGCAGAACUUGGAGACAGAAACUGAGAGCAAGAGUGAAAGUGGGGGAGACAAUGAGCCUGAAAAUGCUGACGUUUCAGAGUGGCACACAGAAACCAGCGCAGAUGCUGAGUGGAGGCCAAGUGAGAACACAGAGUGUGAACAGGAACUAGGAGACCAGCCACAGACCACGGUGCAGACAGACUUUCAACCUGCGAAGCAGCAAGAGGUGAUGACCAGCGAACAGGAAGACAAGCUGAGUGUUUGCAUAGAAACAGAGGAGGCUAAAGACGAUUCUGAUGGAGACCUGAGAGAAGACCUGAGGUGACAGUAUGGGACAGUUUGUCAAAGUCUUUCCCCCUGGGUCAAACAAACCCUUCGUAAACCCACAUUAAUCGCUCCUCUACAACAGCACCAUAGUAUCAUCUGCAUUCUUACAUCUAGAAAGUCCCUGAUGCGAGUCUUAGCUGAGGGGGAUCAGAGUGUUGCUUUCAUGUUUGGCCCAUGCCUCUGUGCGUUUCCGCUCUGUGUAUCGACUUUAUCUUCCUGUUUAGAUGGUGAUUCUAAUUUAACCUGUGUGCGUGUUUGUAUUAGACCUGGUGCACAACGCUUCUCGCUCUUUGAAACCGGACAUUAGGUUAACUUCUCCUCAACACUGAACACUGAAAAGCAGAGUCAGCGAAUUAGACAGCGAUCUUAGAGUUUGUCAGUCAAUAUAGCCUUGCAAAAUUAUUCAUACCCCGUGAACGUUUUCGCAUUUUAUGACUUCACAACAAUGUAUAUGUCAUGCUUUGGGAUGGCCUGGUCACAGUUUAGAUGUAAAUCCAAAUGAGAAGCAAUGACGAGCUGUUUUGGCCAAAAUAUAAAAGAAAUUGUACAUAAGCAAAGAUGGUAGACAUCUUUUGUUGUUUUCAGACUGAAAAUUUUGAUUUCUCAGAAACAAAAGGAGAAAAAAAGAUUUUAAAACAAAUACAGUUUGGUUAAAAUGAAAUCCUAUUUUGGAUAUUUCCCAGUGGGACCACUGACAGGUGACCUGAGAUGGAGUUAUCUAAUAUGUCAGUUAAGCUUCUAUCAUUUUUAUAUGCAAAUGCAUAUAAUAUUAAAUAAAUUUCUGUGAUCAGAUUGAAGUUAUACACUGAUGUGCUAUUGCUAUUUCCUUUCAAAUAGGCAACUGCUUCCAGCUAGAAGCAUCACUAACUUGUUUCUUUAUCACUGUACCUCAAACAAAUUGUUGCCAGUGGGGGUUUGUUAUAGGUCAGUAAUAUUUAACUGAGAUUUCUGUCUUCAAGAUUAUAUCUGUGUAGCACACACAAGUUUUUAUUUAUCAGAGAGCUAUAAUGUUCAAUGGAUGUGUAGCACUGCUUGCUUUUAAAUAAAGAUCCUUUCUCCUUCUCCUUGCUAACCUGCCUGGCAUCAAACAGCAUCUUAAUUUAAAAAUUUAUUUCUAUGGUUUUCAGUUCCCUACAGAAAACUUAACCCAAUCAAAAGUUAAAAUGAUUAAAAUAGGAACAUUUUGCUAACUCAAUAGUUCAACAAAAAUGAUUUCCACCUGCACCACAAGAUGGCAGCAUUACACCUUCAGUAACAUCUUCAUUGUUUAGAAGCACGGAUCAUAGUUUAUCUGAAAACAUGUUUUUUGAGUUUGGGUCUAUUUAGAAUAGGUAGUAAUUGUAAAGCAUGAUCUAGAAGCAACUUAAAAACAACCUGAAAAUGGAUACAGAUAAUUAUCAGUGAGAACAAAAACACAUCUUGAAAGGCUGAGAAAAAAUGUUGUAAUGUUGUCGGCCUGUUGUUUAAAAUAAACAUAGUAUGCAUUUUUAGUUUGUAGAAACUCCCUUAUUACAGAAGGAAAAUGUCAGCAGUAGUUUGAGAUGUAUGUGCUCCACCUGACAGCAAACUUUGUAAACCUUCUGAUUUCUUUAUUUUGUGUUCCUCUUUUGUCCCCUGGACACAAUUUUACCCUUUAGAAGGCUGUCAUGGAAAUAUUCUUUUCAAAUAUCUUUAAUUAAUUCAUUAACUUUGGCAUUCACCAUGCUAAACAAAUAUAGUCCUAAAAUUUCAGAAAUUCUAAAAACAAAUUAACUGAAUUACUUCCUCAUGUUCUCCUGAGUCCUGCUAAUGACCUGAUUAUUUGACUCAGGUGUGUUGAAGCAGAAUCGCAUCUAAAAGUUGUCAAGGACCAGAGCUGAAAGGUUUGGAGCUUAUCACAAAAUGCAAAAUACUAGGAUUAUCUAUAUAUAAACUACUACACAUAAAUUAGUGAGUGUUAAAGCUAAGUUGUUCCAGUAAAAUGAAGUUGUAGUGAAGAAGAGGCUCAAAACACGUCAAGUUCCAACUGAGGAGGGAAAAAAUAUUAAUCAAGCGCUCCCUCGUAAGUGUUUAAGGAGGCUGAAGCUGAAGGUUAAUAGAUGCUGUUGAAUUUGAAGCACAAGCUAAAGUAGCUGCUUGAGCUGCAGGUUGUGAACUGAAAGUUGUGACACUUAAAACACAGAUCCUGUUCAAGUGAAAGACAACUGAAUAAACUUCAAGAUCUGCAGAUGUUAAAGGCUGAAAAGCUCUAAGGACAUUUUCUGGCCGCAUUUCUUCACAUCAAAUUAUUGCAUAGUUAUUUUUUAUUGCCUUUUAAUCAACAGCCUGUAAAUUCAAGUGUUCCAGCACAGGCUAAUGAUUGCACAUGCACUGAGAAUGCACACAUGUAAAUAGUUAUCCAGGGGCCCUCUUAUGUAAAUGUACACACUCGAAGUCAUGGACACACGCAUAUGGAACUAUCUCGCCUCUGCAUCCUGAACGCCCCAGCCAACCAAAUUUGCCUAAUGAGACAUCUGGCAUUUUGCCUGCAUGUGGAUGCUGAGCCCAGAAACAGCUGGGUCGUCUCACACACACACACACACACACACGCACACACACACCCACACACACGCACGCACACACUUCGGCCUAAAUCUGAGGAAAGUGCUGUGGUCCAGACUAAACUAGCCAGAACCCAAUCUCACACUCUGACUCUCCUCUGAAACGCACUUCUUUUACACAUGUGAUAUAUUAUGCAUACAUGAGUCUGUUACACACUCAGCAUGGCCAUAAAUUAGAUAUAUGGCAGUGGUGACUGCUGGAGGAAAGGGUGCACUGAGAAGAGAGGAGUGGAUGUGAAGUAAGGAGGAGGGGGGCAGAUGGCUGUGGCCUGAGGCAUUAGAGGUACUUGCAACUAAACACU